UAAAUAAUAAAAAGUACGUAUAUAAACUCGAUAAAAUUCAGUAUCCCGUAGUCAUUUAAUUUUUUAUUAUAAAUACAAUCAUAAGAAAAAGAAAAUGAGACUGUUUUUAUUGUCAAUUUUUUUUAUCUCAAUUUUAUUACGAAUUAAAGCGAAUCAAUGUGGAAAAAAUGAAGGAUUAAAUAUUUGCGGCAAAACUUGUGAACCAACUUGUCAUACAUUUUCUGACGAAAUAAAAAAUUGUACAAUUAAGGAUUGUAAAGGAAAAUCGUUAGGAUGUCGAUGUAACAACGGCUUUGUAAGAGACGAAAGAACAGGAAAAUGUGAACGACCAAAUCAAUGUUCACGUUGUGAUUACGGUGAAGUUUAUUUACCUUGUGGUCAAUUGUGUGAAGCUUCAUGUCACUCAUCAGUAAAACCAAAAAUUUGUCAACGAAUGUUUUGUGCUCAUUCGGAUUGUCGGUGUCAUUUUGAGGGCGGAUUUGUUAGAGAUCACAGCACUGGGCGAUGUGUACUUCAGAAAAAUUGCAAAAAAAAUUAAUAAUAUAUUUUAUUUUAUUUUGGCUCAAUCGGUUCUUUUUCUUCAUCGGAAGCUUUUCACCAUUUAAUGAUAUUAACUAUUAAACGGUAACCCUAAAAAGAUAUUUUUCAUGAAAAAGACAUGGUUUAUUUUUUAUAGUUGGAUUAGCGAAACUUUGCGCUUCGGGUUUUUACCCCCACCAUCAAGGCGCAAUGUCUUAGGUAUUAAAUUUAGAUGGUAGGGGUAAAAACGAAAAUAUCCGAAACGCAAAGUCUCGCUAAUCCAGUGCAGCCAGAUCGUGCGAUAUUUUUACUCCCUCCUGCCAUUACACUCCAUGCUAUUUCACCACGGGAAGGGGUAAAAAUAUCGCACGAUCUGGCUGCACUGCGCUAAUCCAACUAUCAUGAUAUUAUGAACUUAAUUUAUAGUCAUCCCGACGAAAGCUUGGAAUUUUUUUCUCACCACGGGUUCUUCUUCCACCCUUUAAAUGUUGGUUUUGGUGGCACAUUCAAAUGGCGCAUGCGCUCAUUCUAAUAUCAUGGUGGCAGGAGAAAAAACUGGUGGGAAAAAAAUCCCAAGCUUUCAUCAGAACAACUAUAUUUUUAAACUCCACAUUAAUUAAUAUUUUAACAUAACCAUAUUGAAAAGAGUUUCAUUGAUUUUAAAUUUGAUUAGAGGUCUGUCAGACCGGAGUUACCGUUUGAAGGUUAAAUAUCAUAUACAAUUUAAAUAGCACCUAAUAUAUAGUAUAAUAUAAUAUAAUAAACAUAUUUGUGUAACAAACAAAAAGGACUGUUUAAUAAACUUGCAUUU